AUGGAGUUGGGGGUCAAGGAUCCUCCAGAUCCUCCGCCAAGAGUUAAAAACUUGUAUUCGAACACAGACUCGGGCCCCUUCGAAGUGUAUGUCCAAGGAAAAACAAAUAAUCUAGAAAGUCUUUAUAUACUAAGUAUAGCAAAAACCAUUUUGAUUCUGAAACUGAAGGAUAUCCUCAAAAUAGUAAGAAAAGGUAAAAACCGUAUUGGUGCAAUUUUUACCAAUGCUCAAGCUGCCAACCAAUUUAUAGAGGAUAAAGAAAUGGAAAAUAAAGGUUAUGCAGUUUUUAUUCCAUCACACAAUGUCUCUUGCAAAGGGAUUGUAAGGCACGUGGACAGACCUUUUACAGAUGAUAAAAUUAAAGAGGCAACUGAAACUCAUUCAGUGAAUUGUAUACUUCUUCAUGUCAAACGUCUAAAUAGAAGAGUUGUGGAAUCCAGUAAAGAAAUUUUCUAUGUACCAACAGGUACGAUUUGUAUUACUUUUUCAGGAAAAAUUAUCCCUAAAGAAAUUUCAAUUUAUGGUCUCCCAGUCAGAGUUGUACCAUAUAUCACACUCCAGUAAACAAUGUCAUAAUUGCUUGCUUUAUGGACAUCGUAUUAAUCAAUGUAGAGGAAAGGCCAAAUGCAUCAAGUGUGGUAAAUCGCAUGAAUCAGAUGUUACUUGCAGUAGGUAUUGUAUUUAUUGUAAAUCUACGGAACACAGUUCCAACGAGUUUAAUUGUCCUGAAUAUAAUAGACAAAAAGAAAUCAAGCAACUAAUGUCAUUUUGGAACAUAUCUUACUUCGAAGCCAACCAACAAAUUCCAAAAAAUAGAGAAAACCCUAUCCCUAAUAUUAAUGACCUUCCAGCCCUUCCCAACAGGGGUGCACAUCAAAAUGGUAUCCCAGUCUCCAAAAGAAGAUCAGAAGCCUUGUCUAAUACAAGGUUACCCACCUACAGUCAAAAAAUAAGAACGCCAAAACGAAGGAGAUCACAUGAUGAAUAUGAUAAGAAAAAGCAUCAAGAAUGCUUAAUUAGUCCAUCCAUCGGGAAGAUCAUCCAGUCUCCCAAGUCGACCCUUAUCGUCGCCCUUUCGGCCUGAGGAAGGAAAUAAUAUUAAAAUAGAUGUUAUUCAAGCCUUGGAUAGCUUAUCGGAUCAACACAAGGAGUUAGUCAUGACUUUCAUAGGUAAUAUUAUCAACUCUUUUUAUUCUGUAUCACACAACCCAAUGCUUCUCCUACAGGUCCAGCAGGACCUUUAAAUUCUUUCUCUCAGUCAGGUCUAAUGGAGUACUCUGAAGAUUCAGAGUACUAA